AAAAUGUAAGAUAUCCUUUUUGAGGUUUGACGAAAAGGUAGAUAUUUAUUUUAAAAAUGAUCAUUUUGUAAAAUAUGUAAGGACAUUUGUAUCUUUUCGUCAGGGAGAUUCUUGCUUGAAAGGUUCUUAAAUUUUUGAAUUCAUUGGGGGAGCUAAUUGCCCUAGAGGGUGUUAGUGUCUUUUAUUUUUUAUUAUUUUUUUAUGAAACUUAUUUUAAUUCCAAUAUGUGAAGUAAUUAAAUAAAUCAAUCCUGAAUACGGCAGAAACAAACACAAUCGCAACGUCAUUUAAAUUCUUCUUUCUUGUUUUAUAAUUUUUUUUUUUGAGACUUGUCACGUGUUUAAAAUAUAACAUGAUGAAAUAUAAUUGUAUAAAUUAUGCAAAAAUAUUUCUUACAUAAUCAUUUUCUCCCAACCCAUGUUAACAAUAUUUCCUGAUAUAUUUCCAAACAUCAACCCAUGUUAAAAAGUCUUGUUCCUUCAUGAGACUAUGCAUCUAAUUUGUGUUAGAUACUUGGUUUUUGAUAAUGAAUUCUACUUUAGUUAAAAAUAAAUUCUUAAGUUAAAACAAUUAAAUCAAAAUUGUAAGGCUCACUAUUAUGUAAUUAUUGUCUACAAAUUAUGAUCUCUUUAAGAUAUCUCAAUAAAUAAAAAUUAAAAAUUUAGAUUAAGGUGUUGCCUUUAGAGAAGGUAAGGAGGAUGAAAGAUAAAGGUGUCUCUCAUCUUGUGAUUCGAGCCCAAAUUUUCAAUGAGUCAAACAAAAAAGAAUUAAAUACUAGAUAGAUGAACAUGUGAAAUAAUAAGUAUUAAGUAUUAAUCAUGUAAUCACUUAUUUAAUUUAAUUAAAUAUUAAUAUUUCAUUCCACAAGUUUUAAACUUUAAAUUUAUAUUUAAAUUAAUAUAAAUUUGAAAAAUUUAAUAUAAUUUUAUAUUAUAAUACGCAAAACCCAAAUCUGAACUCUGUAUUGGUUAAGAUGGUAAGAGUUGCUUCAAAGUUCAAGAACAUUGCUCAAUGCUCACCCUCCCUUGCUUCUUACUCUUCAGUUUCUUCUCUUAUCUGAAUACUCUCUCUCUCUCUCUCUCUCUCUCUCUCUCUCUCUCUCUCUCUCUCUCUCUCUCUCUCUCUCUCUCUCCGCGGCAAAGCAAAUGGCGAGGGCGGGAGGAAUCACGAACGCAGUAAAUGUGGGUAUAGCAGUGCAAGCGGAUUGGGAGAACCGGGAGUUCAUCUCUCACAUCUCUCUCAAUGUUCGUCGCCUUUUCGAUUUCCUUGUCCAAUUCGAGGCUACAACAAAGAGCAAAUUGGCAUCAUUGAAUGAGAAGCUUGAUACCCUGGAGCGUCGUUUAGAGCUCCUUGAAGUCCAAGUGAGUACUGCAUCGGCGAACCCAUCACUUUUUACAUGAUGCUUACUGGACCAUGUCAUUGUAUAAAGUACUUUAUCUGUAAGCACAAAUUUAUCUACAUUUGUGAAAAGAAUACUUGGUUUUAAAACCCAGUUUUGAAA